GGGGAAAGUUUGUUUAUUUUGUUUUAGUUUCUGGGGUCCCCGUGUGUCUGGGAGGUGAAGCGGGAGGGACUGACCCCCGUUCUCCUCGGUCCUCCUACUACGUCGCUUCCAAAGCCAGCGGAGGAGCGGGGACCGCGCGAAUCGCAGCGCAUCGCCUCACAGCGGAACGCCGCGCACUCGGAACCGGCACGGCUCGGCGGGUUUUGGUUUUUGCACUGAAUGUAGUCUAGAUUCAUCUUCACGGGCGUGUGUUGCCCCAGGAUACUGUCAAAGGCAGUAUUUGUGUGUUUCUGCAGAGUUUUGCACAGAGUCUGUUCCCAUGCAAACCAAUGAGGGAGAAGUAUCGGAAGAAAGCGGUUCCAAGGUGGAACAGGAGGAUUUUGUAAUGGAAGGGCAUGGCAAGACUCCACCUCCUGGUGAAGAAAGCAAACAAGAGAAGGAGCAAGAAAGGGAAGAACAGUUAAUGGAAGACAAGAAAAGGAAGAAAGAGGAUAAAAAGAAAAAAGAAGCCACUCAGAAGGUCACGGAACAAAAAACCAAAGUGCCCGAAGUGACGAAACCAAGUUUAAGCCAACCAACGGCCGCCAGCCCAAUUGGCAGCUCUCCAUCGCCACCAGUCAAUGGUGGCAACAAUGCCAAAAGGGUGGCAGUGCCGAACGGACAACCGCCAAGCGCCGCCCGCUACAUGCCUCGGGAGGUGCCUCCGCGAUUCCGUUGCCAGCAGGACCACAAAGUGUUACUAAAACGUGGGCAGCCCCCUCCACCAUCCUGCAUGCUCCUCGGGGGUGGGGCAGGGCCUCCUCCCUCCACAGCACCUGGAGCAAAUCCAAACAACGCACAAGUGACGGGAACGCUGCUGCAGAGUGAGAGUGGGACUGCACCAGAGUCAACCCUUGGAGGUGCUGCUGCUUCAAAUUAUGCAAAUUCCACUUGGGGCCCGGGAGCCUCCUCCAACAACGGCACCUCCCCCAACCCCAUUCACAUCUGGGACAAGGUGAUUGUAGACGGGUCUGACAUGGAAGAGUGGCCUUGUAUUGCCAGCAAAGAUACUGAGUCUUCUUCCGAAAACACCACCGAUAACAACAGUGCCUCGAACCCUGGCUCUGAGAAGAGCACUCUGCCAGGAAGCACCACUAAUAACAAAGGAAAAGGGAGCCAGUGCCAGUCUGCAAGUUCUGGGAACGAAUGUAAUCUUGGGGUCUGGAAAUCUGACCCUAAGUCUAAAUCUAUUCAAUCUUCCAACUCUAUUGCAGAGAGCAACAAUGGACUAGGAAAUUGGAGGAAUGUGAGUGGUCAAGAUAGAAUUGGACCUGGCUCUGGCUUCAGCAACUUUAACCCAAAUAGCAACCCAUCUGCCUGGCCAGCACUGGUUCAAGAAGGAAAUUCUAGGAAAGGGGCAUUGGAAACGGAUACUAGUAAUUCCAGUGCACAGGUUAGCACAGUAGGUCAGGCAUCCAGGGAACAGCAGUCAAAGAUGGAAAAUGCGGGUGUUAAUUUUGUUGUCUCUGGCAGAGAACAGGCUCAAAUUCAUAACACUGAUGGACCAAAAAAUGGAAACACUAACUCCUUGAACUUAAGUUCACCAAACCCCAUGGAGAAUAAGGGAAUGCCCUUUGGAAUGGGCUUGGGGAACGCCUCCAGGAGCACUGAUGCCCCUUCACAAAGCACUGGAGAUCGAAAGACUGGGAGUGUUGGAUCUUGGGGUGCAGCUAGGGGGCCUUCUGGAACUGACACAGCCUCUGGACAAAGCAAUUCUGGAAACAAUGGGAACAAUGGAAAAGAGAGAGAGGACUCCUGGAAAGGAGCUUCUGUUCAGAAGUCAACUGGGUCAAAAAGUGAUUCUUGGGACAAUAACAGGUCUACGGGUGGGUCCUGGAACUUUGGCCCUCAGGACUCUAAUGACAGCAAAUGGGGUGAAGGGAACAAAAUGACAUCUGGGGUCUCUCAGGGAGAAUGGAAACAGCCGACUGGGUCUGAUGAGUUGAAAAUUGGAGAAUGGAGUGGUCCAAACCAACCAAAUUCUAGCACUGGAGCAUGGGACAAUCAAAAGGGCCACCCCCUCCCUGAAAACCAAGGCAAUGCCCAGGCUCCCUGUUGGGGAAGAUCUUCCAGCUCCACAGGAAGUGAAGUUGGAGGUCAAAGCACUGGAAGCAACCACAAAGCAGGAAGUAGUGACAGUCAUAAUUCUGGCCGUCGCUCAUAUAGGCCCACACAUCCUGAUUGUCAGGCUGUCUUGCAGACUCUUUUGAGCCGAACUGAUUUGGACCCCAGGGUGCUCUCAAACACCGGCUGGGGCCAAACUCAAAUUAAGCAGGACACGGUGUGGGAUAUUGAAGAGGUGCCAAGGCCUGAGGGGAAAUCUGACAAAGGAACUGAGGGGUGGGAGAGCGCUGCCACACAGACCAAGAACUCAGGGGGCUGGGGAGAUGCACCCAGCCAAAGCAAUCAAAUGAAGUCUGGAUGGGGGGAGCUCUCAGCCUCUACAGAGUGGAAAGACCCCAAGAACACGGGAGGCUGGAAUGACUAUAAGAACAACAACUCUUCCAAUUGGGGAGGGUGUCGACCAGAUGAAAAGGCAUCUUCCUCUUGGAAUGAGAAUUCCAGCAAGGAUCAGGGGUGGGGAGGUGGGCGCCAGCCCAGUCAAGGAUGGACUUGUGGAAAGAAUGGUUGGGGAGAGGAAAUUGAUCAAGCAAAAAACAGCAAUUGGGAAAGUUCUGCAAGUAAACCUGUGUCUGGGUGGGGCGAAGGAGGGCAGAAUGAAAUUGGAACUUGGGGGAAUGGUGGGAAUGCAAGCCUAGUUUCCAAAGGUGGGUGGGAAGAUUGCAAAAGAUCUCCAGCAUGGACUGAGACAGGCAGACAGCCCAAUUCCUGGAACAAACAGCACCAACAGCAGCCACAGCAGCCACCGCCACCACAACCAGAGGCUUCUGGUUCAUGGGGAGGCCCACCCCCACCACCUCCAGGCAAUGGACGACCUUCCAAUUGCAACUGGAGCAGCGGGCCGCAGCCAGUAACCCCUAAGGAUGAGGAACCCAGUGGUUGGGAAGAGCCAUCCCCACAGUCAAUUAGUAGAAAAAUGGACAUAGAUGAUGGCACUUCAGCAUGGGGAGACCCCAACAGCUAUAACUACAAGAAUGUGAAUCUGUGGGAUAAGAAUGCCCAAGGGGGCCCAGCACCUCGAGAACCAAAUCUGCCUACCCCAAUGACCGGUAAAUCAGCAUCAGUCUGGAGCAAAAGCACACCACCUGCUCCAGAUAAUGGUACUUCAGCUUGGGGUGAGCCAAAUGAAAGCAGUCCUGUGUGGGGCGAAAUGGAUGACACAGGAGCAUCGACCACAGGCUGGGGGAAUGCACCUUCCAACGCUCCAAAUGCCAUGAAACCUAAUUCCAAAUCUAUGCAAGACGGCUGGGGGGAGAGUGACGGGCCAGUGACAGGAACUCGCCAUUCCAGCUGGGAAGAGGAGGAGGAUGGAGGAGUCUGGAACACUGCCGGCUCUCAGGGAAGCGCUUCCUCCCACAACUCAGCGAGCUGGGGACAAGGAGGAAAGAAACAAAUGAAGUGCGCACUAAAAGGAAACAAUGAUUCGUGGAUGAAUCCUAUUGCCAAACAGUUUUCAAAUAUGGGAUUGCUGAAUCAAACUGAAGAUAAUCCAAGCAGCAAAAUGGAUUUGUCUGUAGGGAGCCUUACAGAUAAAAAAUUUGAUGUGGACAAGCGAGCAAUGAAUCUCGGGGAUUUUAAUGAUAUCAUGAGGAAGGAUCGAUCUGGGUUCCGUCCACCUAAUUCCAAAGACAUGGGAACCACAGAUAGUGGGCCUUAUUUUGAGAAGCUGACUUUGCCUUUCUCCAAUCAAGAUGGGUGCCUUGGGGAUGAGGCUCCCUGCUCUCCCUUCUCCCCUUCUCCCAGCUACAAGCUGUCUCCCUCUGGUUCCACACUACCCAACGUCAGCCUUGGAGCAAUCGGCACAGGGCUCAACCCCCAAAACUUCGCUGCUAGACAAGGUGGCAAUCAUGGUUUGUUUGGAAAUAGCACAGCACAAUCGAGAGGUAUGCACACACCAGUGCAGCCACUAAAUUCUUCUCCUAGUCUCCGGGCGCAAGUGCCUCCCCAGUUUAUUUCCCCCCAGGUUUCUGCCUCAGUGCUCAAGCAGUUUCCCAACAGUGGCCUGAAUCCAGGUCUUUUCAAUGUGGGGCCCCAGUUAUCUCCUCAACAAAUUGCCAUGCUGAGCCAGCUUCCACAGAUUCCCCAGUUUCAGUUGGCAUGUCAGCUUCUCUUGCAGCAGCAGCAACAGCAGCAGUUGUUACAGAACCAGAGAAAGAUUUCUCAAGCUGUGCGCCAGCAGCAAGAGCAGCAGCUGGCUCGAAUGGUGAGUGCACUGCAGCAGCAGCAGCAGCAGCAGAGGCAGCCGAGCAUGAAGCAUUCACCGUCUCAUCCCGUCGGGCCCAAGCCACAUCUGGACAACAUGGUACCCAACACUCUGAAUGUGGGGCUCCCAGACCUUCAAACCAAAGGGCCAAUACCUGGAUAUGGUUCCGGCUUCAGCUCUGGCGGCAUGGACUAUGGCAUGGUUGGCGGGAAAGAGGCUGGGACAGAGUCUCGCUUUAAACAGUGGACCUCCAUGAUGGAGGGACUGCCCUCUGUAGCCACACAGGAAGCCAAUAUGCACAAAAAUGGCGCUAUAGUGGCCCCUGGUAAAACCCGAGGAGGGUCACCAUACAACCAGUUUGAUAUCAUCCCAGGUGAUACACUGGGUGGCCAUACGGGUCCUGCUGGUGAUAGCUGGUUACCUGCCAAAUCUCCACCAACAAAUAAAAUCGGAAGUAAAUCCAGCAAUGCCAGUUGGCCUCCAGAAUUCCAACCAGGAGUGCCAUGGAAAGGUAUCCAAAACAUUGACCCUGAAUCUGAUCCCUAUGUCACCCCAGGAAGUGUGCUGGGAGGUACAGCCACAUCUCCCAUUGUAGAUACUGACCACCAACUUCUGCGGGAUAACACCACAGGGUCUAAUUCUUCCCUCAACACCUCGCUGCCUUCACCUGGUGCCUGGCCCUACAGUGCCUCUGACAACUCCUUUACCAACGUUCAUAGCACUUCAGCAAAGUUCCCUGAUUACAAAUCAACAUGGUCCCCAGAUCCCAUAGGACACAACCCCACUCAUCUCUCCAACAAGAUGUGGAAAAACCAUAUUUCCUCAAGGAACACUACACCGCUGCCCCGCCCACCGCCUGGUCUGACCAACCCCAAACCAUCAUCUCCCUGGAGCAGCACAGCACCACGAUCAGUCAGGGGGUGGGGGACACAGGACUCACGGCUUGCCUCGGCCUCUACCUGGAGUGAUGGUGGUUCAGUUCGUCCUAGUUACUGGCUGGUUCUUCAUAAUCUCACUCCUCAGAUUGAUGGGUCAACCUUGAGAACCAUCUGCAUGCAGCAUGGCCCACUGCUGACAUUCCAUCUGAACCUAACCCAGGGCACCGCCCUGAUCCGAUACAGCACCAAACAGGAGGCGGCCAAGGCCCAAACUGCACUGCACAUGUGUGUGUUGGGAAACACUACCAUCCUGGCUGAGUUUGCCACCGAUGAUGAAGUUAGCCGCUUUCUGGCACAAGCUCAGCCCCCUACACCUGCAGCAACCCCAAGCGCACCCGCGGCAGGUUGGCAGUCGCUGGAGACCAGCCAGACCCAGUCAGAUCCCGUCGGACCUGCUCUGAAUCUUUUCGGUGGGUCCACAGGGCUCGGGCAAUGGAGCAGCAGUGCUGGCGGCAGCAGUGGGGCCGAUCUUGCUGGCGCUUCGUUGUGGGGGCCCCCAAACUAUUCUUCUAGCUUGUGGGGAGUCCCAACUGUGGAAGAUCCCCAUAGGAUGGGCAGCCCUGCUCCUUUACUACCUGGUGACCUUCUAGGAGGAGGGUCGGAUUCAAUCUGAACUUUGAACUUUCAACUCUGACCUCGUGACCUUUUUUGGAACAGCAGCAGCACUAACUUGACCUUUUCGUUUUUUUUUUCAACUUGCAAUAAAUACAUUUUUAAAAGGAAAAAAGAAAACGGAGAGAGAAAAAAAAAAAGGUGGGUCAUUGACAGACUGUCUGAGCACAUAGUUGCCUCCCUUAUAACUUCAGUUUUUUCGUUUGGAAUAUGAAUCCAAAAAGAGAACAUAUCACUCUUGAAAUACUUGAAUCAUGAACGCCAACCUAGAAAGACAAUGUGAAGCAAGUACACAUACCAUUUAAAUUUAAACACAAAAAAAUUAAAAAAAUUAGUUUCUAGUUUUUCACUUUUUUCAUGUUAUAUGGAAGUUGUUGCUAAGAAACAUAUAUACUGAAAAAUAGCUUUUUAACUUUGUUUGCACUGGGUGUGUUUCCGUCCUUAGGUCUACCAUGUUUGGGAGGGAGGGGAAUUCAAAAGAAUUGUUGGGGUGGGGGGAGGGAAGACUUGACGGAGCCUCACUUUAAAAACAAAAACAAAAAACCUAAAAAAAAAAAAAGGAAAAAUUUGUGAUUGGCUGGUUGAUAAAUACCAGUGUGUUCUGGCACAUGUAACUGCCCAGGCAUGCUCGUUCUGGUAUGUGUGUGCACGUGUGUUCAUGUGCAUUCGCGUGCAUCCUUCUUUCUGUCUCUGUGUGUGUGUGUGCCUGUGUCCUCUUCUGCCUCCUCCUCCUUCCUGACCCUGAUUUCUCAGAAAGCUGCGUUGCUGACAGUCCGUAGGCUGGCUGGCCGGCCAUCUGCUUUUUACUUUUAUUAUUUUUUUUUUUAACUAUGAGAACACACAAGCACGGAGAGCCACUGCUACUAAAGCAACUCCUGUGGGCUGCAUUAAAAUGAACAGAGUGCUUUUUAAUGAUGAAAGCAGAGAGCUCCUUUGCAUCUGCAAAUUAGCCUGAGUGUGAGUUUUCUCUAGCUUUUCUUUUGACCUAGCAGUAGAGCGGAGCACUGCCAAGUCCAAAAAAUUAGGAGAGCAGGAGGUACCUCUGGGAGCAGCUGUGUGUUUAUUUAUUUCUGUUUUUUAAAACAAGUGGCCACUAGGCACAUCCGAAUCUCUGUUAAGUUUUACGCAGGCCUUUUCGUGACUUUGAAUGGGAACAGAUGAUAAGUUAGUUUUUAAUUAUGUGAUGUCUCGAAAGCAGAAAAUCUGUGUUCCCCUCCUUUCUUGUGUAAUCAGGUAUGAGAAAUUCAUCAGAAAGGUAAUGCUGAAUCCAACAUUUCUAUUCUCUUUUUCAUUUUGUGGAAACAGAAAAAACUAAGUUGUGAGCAGCCUCCUGAAAGCAGCCGCAGCUCCUCCCUCUCUGCUCCUUUCUUGCUGAGCGUUACCUGUGCCAGGCCGUGGCGUGUUACAGCACCAGGCCAUCACUGACAGAAACGUUUACUUAACGAAUGUUCUUAAACCAGUGUGUACUUCAAGCGUUUCCUUUUGUUUCUCUGUGUUGUGUAUUUCCUGUGUAUGUGGUUUUGCUUAGGCAGGUAUAACUUAGCAAAGACUUUUAAGUAUUGCACCUUUUUUUGGUUUUGACCUCUUUUUUUUCCUUAUAAUGUUGCUUUUUUAUUUUGGUAUUUAAAGACUUUUUUUUUUUUUAAAGCAUCAAUGUAGUAGUACUCUGGGCCGAAUAGGAGGCAUCUUUUAAUCCACAGUUAUCACCAACAUGUAUGUACUUAUGUUGGAAUCAAAAUGUAUCAAACUGCUUUUUGUGAAGUUAUAGCAGCCCUGAGGGGGUACCCCUUUAUACAAAGCAGAUGGCGGGUGGGUGGGGGGAGGGGAGUCGUAUGCCGGUAAUGUGCUAGCACUUGUGUGGACAUCCCAUCUGCAUUAUACUGUUUACAUAAAGUGCCGACAUUCUGUACCAGCAAAUACCUGCCCAUUCCAACCCUUGGUGGGAGCAGACCUCUACUGUCCUCCAUAACUUGCUGCUAGUGAGGACAAAGGAGUUUUUCUUUCUUUAGCAUCUUCAGUGAAGGAUAUAACAAUGCCUAAUGUAUUUGACUUUUAGCUUGUGUAUUUGUGUAGGUGGGUGGGUGGGUAUGUAUAGGAACAGGCAAAAACUCAUUCAAGUGGUUUUGUGAGACAAUGGGAAUUCUGUAGUCCUCUCGGCUUACCCUGUUGAUUAUAAACCUAGCCUCUAAAGAGAUUGACAUGCAUAAUUCAAGUGAGCAUUCGCUCAUACAAGUCUUUAUGCACCCUUCGUGGGUAGGUGGUCAAACUUGAGUUGCCAGCGUUGGUUUGGUCCCAUUGGAUGCCUUGUAGAAACUUACUGUGCCCUCCUCCUGCUCUCGGUUUUCAUCACCACCAUGCCCCUUCCACCUCUGCCCACGUACACAGUGUCUCCUCCCAGCCCCACUGACUGCUCUGUGUGAGGAGCAAAACCCUGCCAGGUGGCGAGCUCCAGGUGAAGAGCAGCUGUGCUCAGACAUCUCCAGAAGGCUAACUCUUAGCGGCCCUGGGCCCCCUAGGCGAGGAGCGCGUCCCGAGGCUCCCGAGAGCCAGUGGUGGCCCUGCCGUUCUGGUUUCCUGCCGUGUCCUGCCCCACCCUCCACCCUUCCAGCCUGUUGGUUCCUUGACCUGCACUAUGGGUUAGUUGAGUUCCUUACGAUACUACGGUGAAAGCCGGGUGCUAGAGCCCCUCUUGUUUACAAGACAUACUGAGGGAUUUGAAAUAUGUAAAAUUAGCAUGAGAAGCUAAAAUGUUCUUCCAUCAUAAGCUUAAAGGGAAAAAAUUUAAAACUUUUAAAAAAGACCAAAAAGUGCGUAUAUAUAUACAUAUAUAUAUAUACAUAUAAAUAUAUAUUUUAGAUGAAGACUAACUCUGGGAGCAUUUAACAGUGUUUUUUUGUUUUCGUUUUUAACAUUUAUUUUCCUGCUUUAAAAUUUGCAAGCAUUCUCAGGAAUUCUAGGGUAGGAAGCCAGUUUUUUGAAGAUGGGUUUAUUUAACCGUAUCUUAUCCUAGAUAGACAGCUGUUUCUUUCCUGUUAAUAAACUUUUACAAGUUCCUGAAACUUCAAAAAGUUUAAAAAAUUUUUACGUAAAAAAAUGUAAAAAGAGAAGUCUCCAAACGUUAUUGUCAUACUGGGGAAUCAUACCUUUUAAAACAUGUAGAAAUAAAUAUUUUUUAAAAUGAUCAAUUUAGCAGCAACAGGUAAAUUCAUUAUCUUUAAAAAUAUGGGAGAAGGAUUGAGCUUUAUAAGGGCUCUAUCACGGACUUAUUUGAUAUUGUGUGUAAUUUAAUGGGAGAGUGUUUGGUAUAUAUAAAUGGAAAUUCCAUCACUUUGUUCCUUUCCAUUUAAGACUGAACUGGAAUCUCCCCUACUAAUUUUUAUUUUUGUUAAAGGAACCCUUCUCCCUUCCCCCAGCCCUACCAACAAAAGAAAGGAAGAAAGAAGAAAACAACAGCUUAAAUAAAAGUAACUCUAAUCUGUAAAAUAGUACCGUUGGAUUGCUGAGAAUCUAUGUAAAGAGUUAGGAAAUAUAGGUUAAUAACUUUUGGAACAAAUUUUAAAUAUAGGCAUUACUAGAGGAAAAAUAUCUAUGGACUGUUCUAUUAAUGAAGAAUGUCUGUCUUACCUCCAUUUGUUAUGGCAGGAGGAGAAAAUAAUAGAAUCUAAUAAGGAACAAGUGAUUUUACUUUUUUUUGCUCCCAGCCACUGUUGUGCUCAUUUUAAAUGCUGUUUUAAAGAUCUGCUGCUUAACUAUCCCCGUCCCUCAGCCGGAGAUGUGGAGUGUUUCCUUUCAGUUUUGGGUGAGGUUGAAUUCUCCUUCUGUAUUCCCUCCUGGGGCCCGGGGUCAGAAUUCCCAAGCAUGACCACAGCUUCUUUUAAACAUCUAAGCUUCCCAGCGGGAAAGGAACUCCCACUCGACAGGUACAGGGAGUGGGUGGGGUUGCUGCCUGCAAUUUCUCUAAAACCGCGUUAGUGCCUUCGUACAUACACCCAGGCACCCUAAGCAGGGGAACCCGUGUGUAUGUGCUUGUGGUCCAGACACUCCACGGGCGUUAAGACACUUGCCCGAUAAGGACAUUGGAGUGGUUCUGGACAGGCCCCAAAGGCAAUGGGCUAAAUUUAAAGUAAAUAAACAGAAAUCAAGGAAGUUAAAUAUGCUUUAUGUCUGGAAAAUGUGGAAUGCCAAGGUCCUUCCUUGUGUUGAUGCCCUCCGUUACUGGGCAUUGACUUCUCCAGGUGUGUCAGUGUGACAGCGAGAAUGAUUUGGGAAGUCUCUGUGUCAGGCCAGUAGAAAGGGGUUUGUAUUGUUCUAUUCUUGUCCUUCCUCUCCUCCCUUUCCCUGCCCUUUUUAUUUCUUUUCCUUUUUUUCUUUUAUCAACUUGCUGGAAGCUUUGCUUUUUAUUGGUUGGCAGUGUCUUAAGAACAGGAUAUGGUGAGAUGUAAUGGAAGAGGAAGACUCUGCUUUCCCUGGUAUUCUUUGGCAAGAGCCACGUCUGCUGAGAGGAUAUGCGGCUUCAGAACACUUUAGAAAAUUCAGUGGGAGUGUCUUCUCCUCCACUACAUUCUGGCAUGUGUGCAGAGGCUCGCUAGUCACCUCUCAUUACAUCAAUUUGCUUUAUAAACAUUCUGAUCAUGUAAAUUUGAGCUUUCCAAUUUUUUACUAGUUCCCCUUUAUUUCUUUAAACACUUAUUACUAGUGGCUAGAGGUGUCCAUCUCUCAAACAUCACAAACUUGGUUUCUGUCUACCACAUGAGUAGCCAAAACGAAAGCAGCACUAGUAGGGAAAGGGAUGUCUUCAUCCGACUGGGGACCUCUGCUGGCAAUUGAGAUCCAGUGCCAUUACCUAAUUUUAGGUGUUGCUGGUUUUUUAAAAAAUAGCAAAGUUCUUAUCUCCAAGACACUGUGAAAAAGUGGAUGUGGCAUCUCUGAUCCCUCAGGCCCUAGCCCUUGGUAUUUUUCAUUUACGACAUUCACAGAAGUUAACCAGCAGUGCCGCAGUUAAAGCCCCAAACAGAAUUCUUUCAUCAGUGCCCUCCAGUAAAUCAGCAUUACCCAUAGCCAUUCAAUUUGUUUUAUUUAUAGCAGUUUGCUUUUCUAUUACUAUGGCUCCUGUUCUAAGAACUCUCCCACCUCUUCUGACAUGAAUGUAGCACAAAUUAGCAGGUGGUUCUUCCAAGUUCCUGUGGGUUGACUGUGGUGUAUAAGAUAUGCAACAAAAAAGAACAGAAAAUAAAUUCCUGCCUAAGAAUUUGGAAGAGCUUUUACUAAUACAUCUAGCAGAAACUAAAAUUUCACAGGCUAUUAACUUGUUGCAAAUAUUCACUCUCACUUUCACCACUUUUUGGGAGAGAGAGGGGACAGUUUUUGUAGAGUUAACAGCCAGAUUCCAUAUCGACCUCAGAUGCUGUGUACUUUUUAAUUUUAUUUUUUUAUAUUCUGGCAUCUUGACUCUUUAAACAGAAUGAAUAUGUCUGUGUGCUGAGCAAAAUGUUUCAGCCAAGUCUGUUUUCUUUGCAGUGCAAACAGGAUGUUUUCAGCAGACUUGGCUGUAACAGCCAUCUCUAAGAUUAGGGAACAAUUGAGUCUUUAUGUAAAAAAGGUCCCCUUCUCCCCUGUCCUCAGCAUUCAGAUUCAACAUAUGACACUUUGUAGGUUGUUUUGGAGGGUUUUUUUCUUUUGUUGUAAUUAUCUAUAAGAUCUUUAGCUAGGAGUAGAGACAUAUUUUUAACUGUUAAAAAAUUAUCAGACUUUUUCUUCUCCAGUAUUUUUGCCAAGUUUUUGUCGACACUUCCUGUCUAUGCAUUAACUACACUUCUUGGUGUUAUUGCAAAAAGGAAUCUUACUGUUUUCCCUUCUAUGAGUGUACAACAACCAGGCCGCAUGCGAUAGUGCAAAUGAACAUAGUCUAGCCUGUGUGUAUACAGUGAAUUGUCAAUCUUUGACCUCAGCAUCAUUCAAAAAAUAGGGUGCCCUUGCCCUUACCCUCUGCUGCACCCCAUGUCCCACCCCCUCUGCUUUCUUAUCUGCAAGUACAGGGUGUCCACACAGUCUAGAAACAGACAAAUACACCUAAUGUUGUCAAGGAUAUUCUCAACCUGUCAAAAACAAGAUAUAUAUAGUUUCACAGUUAGACCAUACCCUGUAGUAUGGUCGGUAGGUUCAUGGCCAGUGCCAAAGGUGUGUGUAUUUUCAGAGGUGGUUCCCACUUGUCAACGAUAGUGUUUUCUUGACCUUAAAAUUUGACAAAGGAGGUGCUGGCAUCACAUUCUUUAGAUUUGAAAUAAUUAUCAACUUCCAAAUCUGUGAACAUUGUAAUAACUUAAAAAUUGAACGUUGGCCCUCCCUACCCCAUACAGAAUGCCUCCUCCUACCCACACCGCCAAAGCAAAGAGGCCACGAGCACCUACAGGAUGGUGAAGGGAACACUGAUCAGGAAAGAGCUACUCCCCACCGGCUGGGCAUCCAUGCUGUCCUGCGGGUGGUCACUCUGACUAGAUCUGGAGUGAUUACCCAGUGUUCUAACAUUUGAGUGAUUUUUAAACUGUCAAUCUCUUGUAGUAACCUGCUACCACCACCAAAAAUAGCAAAAGUGACCGAAACUGCCAGUGUUUGCCUCACAGAAUUUCCAUCGUUCCCUUUUCAGUUAGCUAUACACCUGAAUUUGUUUUUAACAAGAAAUUGCACACCAGGAGAAAUGGUACUACCCUGGUCAGGGGGCCUCUGCAAGACUCAGUCUUGGGUCUUCAUUCUGCCAACACUUGUUUUGAUCAUGGGAGGGGAAAGGUCAGAUAAAGGCAAGAAAUGUUCUGUUUUAAAUUUUAAAAAAAGUGUUUCCCUAGUAAAUCAUUGCUUUGGAAAUAAAAUCCCAGUUGACCCAUUUUGAGGCAAUAUUAAGAAGUUGGGACUGUGUUUUUAAAAAGUAAAAUUCCUUUUUACAACUAAUAGUGAGCAGCAAAAGACGAUCGGUGAGGGUAGCUAGCAAUACUGUGGUGGCGUUGUGAAGGGCGCUCCUUUCCCUCCUCCUCGCCUGCCCUCUUGGACCGCAUGCGGAGGUGGCAGUCCUCCUGGGGCUGCUGAAAGGCGUGCACGCUCCUCAGAGGGUGGGCUUGGAAGAGGCGGCCAGAGUGAGGUGGAGCAGCCUUCCUGCAGGACCAGCCUGACAGCAGAGCUUUACGGAGAGCAAGAUGGGUGUCCUACAUGUGUUCGCCAAAAAUGAAAAGGGGAGGUACUUAUACGAGACCAAGGAAAAAAAACCUUUGGAACCAUUAGGUUACAUACCUUUUAAAGGUAGUAUAGUUUCUCACUAAGUGAUGCCUUCAGCAUACACUUAAUUUCGGGGUAAGUUAGAAUAAAUGUGUUUAAAACACCACCUCUACCCCCCCCCCUUUUUUUUAAAUUUUGUCCAAGGAAUUAAUGACUUAUGUGUAGUAUUUCUGAAUGUGCCUUUGUGAGUCCAGCGACCAUUAGGAUAAAACGGAAACGUGGUCAGCCUAGUCUGUAGGGAAGUCAGCGUUUCUCCUGGCAGUCUCCGGGGCAGCUGUUUGAGUGUUCAUUAGCAUCCGUGUUGCACAGUGUGGGGUGUGGGAGAGGCUCUGGGACCUGGGAGAGGGGCAGUGAGGUGAUGGUGCACAGGCGACAGAGACCUCGGUUAGUCCAGGAGUGCAGGUUGAAUUUAUUAUCUGCAUUACCUAGUUUUCUUCGUGUAUGUGUGUGUGUGUGUGUGUGCACGUCUGGUUGUUUUACUUUUUGUUUUUCUGUAAGCACUGGAGAGCUGAAAUAUGGUGAUGUUUGUGACACAUUCAUGCAUGUCAAGACGGCGUUUUCCCAGCGUCUGUGUGCAGAGCGGGCAGCGCAGUCCCACCCUCUGAGUCUGUGUCCUGAGAAGGCGAUUCUUUUCCCAAAUGGAAGUCACUUCAUGUUGCUGUUUCUGCGAACAGGGUAUUACACACAAGGAAAAGGCUUUGGAAAGAGUAAGAUUGAAGUGUUUGAGAAAGAAAAGAGAAAAAUCUGAAAUCAUAUUUUAUUUCUUCAGAACUAUUUUAGCUAAAACAUAGAAACCUGCAGCGUGUCUUCAUUUGUUUUUAUUUGUUUUAAACGAUUCCACCUCUUCUCCCUACUCCCGACCUUCUAAAGAAAUAUCAAGUGCAAACUAAGGGCCAUUUCCAUAGUUCCUCAGAGCUCCCCAAAGAGGAAACCAGUCCCUCCCGCAGGAUUCCUUCCGCUUCCUUCAGCUUCAUUCAGGAAGACAAAGGGAGGAGAGAUGCUGCCGCUCUCUGUGCUUCACUCUCAUUCCUCUCUAAUGGCCUUGAAAUGUAUUAUUAUGCAAAUGUGAAUUUUGAUACUGAAUUUAAGAAGAGGUUGUUGGGUUUUUUUCUUUUUUCAAAAAAAAAAGGUCCCGUACGUGGUCAUCAUUGCUUCUUUAUUUUGUAACGUGAAUUGUAACUAUGCAUUCUGCAAAAGGGGGGAGGAGAGGGCAGAAAGGGGAAGGAAGUAGCUUUGCAUCUUAUUCUAUGGUUUCUGUGUCCAUGGUAUCCCACGUCCUGGCGGGGAAGGGCAGUGAGAGCAAGAAGCGGUAAAGGUCUGCACAGCGAAGUGCAGAGACCUCUGGGUCCUCCUGUGGGCGCUGGCAGGCCUGGCGGCCAGCAAAACCAGUAUGGUACAGGAUUCUCCGUCCUAGCCGUGCAGUGUUAACCCAGGGCCACCGUGGGGUCCCGGAGGCUCCGGUGUUCUCUGGAAAAAAGUACUCAUCCUUCUCUGAAUUCAGAACCCUUUCAAGCUCAGGAAACCAUGUCUCACUCGUGCUGACUUUAAAGUUCAUCUUAUGUCAACUUCAAAAACCUCCUCCUCCUCCUCUCUCCUUUUUAAUUUUUUGUUCUUCCUUCUUAAUCAUGUUUAAGUGAACUUAGUUAUAAGGAAACUGUCUUGCUCUAAGGGAACGAGGAUUGUUGCUUGGCAGGCAAAAAGGAUUCUCUGCCCCAUCCACUACCCCUCAGCCAAACGUGAUCUCUCGGCUUCCCUGGCGUGCAUUAAGCUGCGCAUAGCUAGCGAGCAGCGAGGUGUUUGCCACGGGAAAGCCAGCAGCCUUCUCUGUCCUAACAGAAUUCUUUUGUGGAUCUUGCCUGUGGUGAAUCGUGGCACCUGCAUUGCUCUGGUCUAGGCAUUAUUUGCAACACACAGUGUCGUACACAGGAGAUGGUUUCGCCCGUGUUCAGUGUUCCACGCAGCAGCUCUUGUCCACAGUACUGUAACGAGCCACAGACUUGACCACAGUCUCCAGGUGCCCAGGCGAGGCUGCACGGGCACGAUCUUAUCAGGGUUCCAAUCUGUUAAGAUUGCCUUCAGACAAACACACAAAAACAAAACCAACAAAAAAAUUAAAAUCCUGACGUUUCAACUGUCUAACACAAAAUAAUACCUCGAGGUACAUUUCCCCUGCAGUAUAGGCCUUGACUCCCCUCUCCUUUUCUGACAGCAGUGGGUCAUCCUUUUGAAAAUAUGAACAUGUAAAUAGCAGGAUAACUUUUAUAAUUUUUUUUGCUGUGAAAGUACCCCUAAAAUAUGAUACUUUUCUUUUUUAAGUCAUCAGAAGUUUUGGAUCUUAUUCUUCAUAUUUAAGAAGAGAAAGCAGAACCGGUCAGGGUGUGGACUUGCAUUUGUGGGCUGGUGUUCCCUCCAUCGCCCCCCAUUCAGUGACGGCAGGCCAGUGUCUGAAGCCUGUUUUGAGUAGAUGCCAUCUAUUCCAGCCUUCUCUCUCCAGGUGCGGAGAGUCUGAACUUCUCUCUUCUGGAAGCAGAAUGUGUUCCGUGGGAGACCUUGAGCUCUCGACCUUUUUUGAUUCACACACACACACACACACACACACACACACACACACACAGUAACCGAGUAGCAUUCUGUAGUUCAGGAAGGGAAUUAGUCCCCGGCAUUUCGGUUUGGCGCUGUAGAAUUUAUAGCCUUGUCAUCUUGGGAUACGCCGGACAUGUUUUGAUUUGUUACUUACACAGAAGCUCAUCUGAGAUGUGCAGACAGCCACCCUGCCCUGAAAGGCUUGUGCACCCUCAGACACUGCCCCCUCCAUGAGGCUUGGCUGGCGUUAGGUAGAGGGACAUAAGUUUAACAAAUGCUGCUUGUAGGGUCCGUCAGCUACUGUGCUCUUAGAUUUGGCCACUUCCGAGGUAGGGUCGGAACCGCUUCUUCACAAACACCCCCUUACCUCCAUCUUAGAGACAAACCCUGUAUCUGUCAAGAAGCCCUUUUUAGUUUUAACGUGUAUAGUGACGACUUCCUUUGAGGGGAAGAAGCUUGAUUAUAAAUGCAUGUAUGUUCACCACUCGCCUUCUGAUUUUGGCUAUGUUGACCUUAGGAUCUGAUUUCUGUUUGUUUGGAGACCUCUUUUCCAUCAGUCUCCUUCCUCUGACCCCUCGAGAGUUCUUCCUGCCCUUAUCCCUCUACAAUCCUCCCAAAGGGCUUUGCUGAUCUCUGCACUUCUUCCCUGGGGCACUCACUCCCCCACCACCACCUUUGCACACACACCCGUGACCAAAGUGUGUCCAGUGAUCUCACAGAAGACAUCAAAAAUGGUGCCUGCACCACGAAUGUGCUCACAGAGACACGUGCACAAGGAUCCUGCACCCUUGGCCUUAACCUCAGUAUGACUUAAGGUGCAGGAACGUUUUUAACAGGUUUUAAAAUAAAAUACCCAUCUGGGAGGUGGGGGGAGGUGGGGGAGGCAGACACACGAGCUCAGCUGUGCCUACUCCUGACUCUCACUAUUUGCUUACAACUUCAAAUUCUGUGCCCACCCUACUCCCAUCCUUGUUCUGAGUUACCAAAAACAGACAAAAGCAACCUGAGGAGAGAUUUCUGGACUAUUUUGUCUUUCUCCAUGUAGAUGGAGAUAUAAAUGCUGCUUUGGGUUCCAUAAUCUUAGGGGGCUAUGUUUACAGAGUAAAAUACAUCCUACCAAAUCAGGAAACUGAAUAUUGGAACCUCUGCAGUGAGAGUUAGGUCCCUGAUGGUGAACAAGAGAAUCGAGGGGCUGGGGGGUGCAGAGGAGGACAGACGGAGAAGUCCCAUUUCAAUGACUUGUGACAUAGUGCUCCCUUCCUCCGUUCUCCUCCCUUCACUGCUCUCCUUGCCCCUUUGAACAGAAGGUGCAGAGAAGGGCAUCAGAAAGAGGCUAGACUUUUAAAAGGCAGCUUUCCGACUUUGCACACAAACAGGUAACAGGAAGGUACAGUAAAAAUCCUCUCAUCUGAAACUGUCGGCAGAAACAACCUGUAACAUGACUGAAUAGCUGCACAACAUUGAUGCUCUCUCUGCAGGUUACCUAGAAGUGUUUUGUUUUUCUUAUACUUGAAAUAGCUUUUACAAUGUUAUUUUGGUGGCUUUCUUUCCUCUCUUCCAGUGGGCAAUGGAGAAAGUGGAUGAUGGGAUUUAAGGAAGUUUGAGGGGAGAAAAGGAAGGAUAUGGCAUUCUUUUUUUUUUUUCUUCUCCUUAAACAUAGAGGUUUAAUCAAACUCCCAUAUGUUGAAAUUGCUCCUCAUAUUACUGGUUUUACAUGGACACAGAAACUAGGCACUUUAGAGGUGCACUUGCAUGGCAGGCUGGGCCCCCCCCCUUUUCUACAUUUUAUUUUACUUUUUUAGUAUAGUGGUACUUAAAAUCACUGGUUCACUUAAAAAACAAACAAUAAAAUGUUAAACUCUACUAAUGUACAAAUAAGCUGAAAAGUUGCAUUUUAUGUGUAUUUUUUGCCAUAGCAGGUACUGUAUUUCUCAUGCUGGAUUUCAAAAACAAAAAAAAAAAAAAUCAAAAACAAAAAAACUAAAGGGUGGUGUUUUAUUGGAUUGUGACAGGUUGAAUAAUAAGGAAUUAAGUCUUCGUCAUUUCAUUAAAGCUGAGAGAUGAUGUAAUGCAUAUAUAAGAGUUUUCUGAAGGGUUUUUUUGGGCUUUUAAACAGCUUAUUUUUGUUUUUGUUUAGUAUUUUAUUUUAUUUUGGAAAGAUAUGAUUGUAUUAUGUGCAACUCAGUUGCUUACAUUAUAACUACAAAAUAUUUUUGGGUUCCUGGAAAAAAAAAAGAAAAAAGACUAAUAAAUGUGUUUGGCUGCUAAGCA